GUCAAGAGGAAUGAAUUUUAAUUUCCCACCCAAGAAAGGAAGUGGAAUAGAAAGAUUAUUACCUCAUGUGACUGAAGAUGCUAUAGCCUUAAUAUAUUUAAUGUGUACAUAUGAUCCAGACGACAGACUGACAGCGCGCCAAGCCUUAAGGCAUCCUUAUUUUAAAGAACUUAAAGAUGCUGAUAAGAGAAUACAGAUCAUGAAAGCACGGCAACAAGAACAGGAUGAAAAACGAAAGACAGAUCAUGAAAAACCAAUUCGUCCAAUGAAUGAAGAGAAAGUGGUAUCAAAAUCUGAAGACAACGCCAACAAAGAAUCUCUGGAGUUACGACCGAAGAUGACAGAAAUUACAAUGUAUCCCAGCAUCCCUAAACCUCAUUCAUUACCCCCACAUAAUUAUAUGUAUAAAAAACGGCGGAAGAAUAAAAGAUAUCAAUCAAGUCAGCAGUAUACAAACCAUACAGGACUAUUUCCUCGUGUAGAGAUACACCCAACAGCAUACAACUCUGUAUUUAAUGGCUUUCCAUCAAGUAAUAAAUAUAAAUAUCAAAAUGGCGGUGGUGGAGGAAACGUUGAGCAGACGACAAUUUUACCAUCUGUAAAUAAUGGUUAUAAACCUCAUAAGGCCCAGGGUAAACCUAAUAAAAUAAUGUACGGACAAUAUACAUUACCUUCACUCAAUCCUAGAUUCUGAUGGUCAUAAUGACACUAUAGUUUAAUAUCAUUUAUAGUCAGGCAAAGGCAAAGGUAUUUGUGCUCAUCAAGGUCCAAAAAAAAAAAAAAUACAAACAUGAGACCAAUUUAUUUUUUAGGCAGUCUAAGUAAAAAUCAACACAGUUGAAGUGUAUAACUUCUAUUAACAUUCAUUUUAACAAAAAAAAAAAGGGUACUGCUCGUGUUUAUGUUUUGAAUUGAAGCUUGGUAAGCAUUGAUAUCUUUGCCUGACUACACAUUUUGCUCUUCUCUGCACCAGUUAGCAACCAAUUACAUUACAAACAAACAGACAUAUAAGUCUCCAUUUUGAGGAAUAAUUACAGAAGUGAAAUAACGCCUCACAUUACAGGAGUGAUAUCUGUCGUCUAAAGACAAAGGAAUGGUGACAACAGGUUAAUGGAAAUGGUGCCACAUAGUUGAAAAUCAGCAUUUUAUAGACUUGUGGAACUGCUGCAAAAUAAUGAUAUGCAAAUUCGUAUUUUUGUAGAAGAUCAUCUUCACAUGUCAUAUUACAUAUUCCUCUGAUACCUUGACAUCGCGAGAUACUUUUCUUGUAUCACAUUAGUUUAUAAAUAAUGCAGCAAUUGAAUUGGUUUGUCAAUUAUGAAUACAGCCUAUUAGAGUCCUUGACAGAAUGACUGUACACAGAUUAGUCCUAUCUGUCUAGAGCUCUGAUUGGUUGUAUUCAUCAAAUAGAAUCCAAUUAAAUCGUUUUAUUUACAAACUGCUUUGUGAUAUAAGAAAUGUGUCCAAUGAUGUCAAGGUAAUAGACAGAGUUUGUAAUAUCUUGAGUAUGGUAGAGAAUAUAACAGCCUUUUUAGAAAUUUUUGUUUGUGGAUGAAUCCUGUAUUAAGAUCCUUUAAAUGUUUCGUGUGUGAUGUUAAGAUAUAGCGUUCUUGGAAAGUAUAAUAAUGAAGAUGCAGCUAUCCAGUUUAGAUGCCUUAUAUUAACAAAAUGUAUUUUUAAAGGUUUUUAAUUGAAACUUACAAGUAUUUGGAUCAUCAUAUUUUGGAGAAUAAGGCUGUUGGAAACAUAUUUUUUUAAUAUUAACCUCGUAUGGGUCCAUGUAUUCUGCUGAUUCAUCUUAUUAGAUCUCUUGUGUUAAACAGUGCUCAAUUUUGUCUUAAUUUAUAUCAGUUAAGUUUAACAAAUAUUUAAUUGUAUUUGUAGGGCAACUAAAAACAAUGAUUUGAUAUAAAACAUAUGGUGUUUCAUGUGUAUAAAAUUUUAUUUCACAAUCAUAUGACUGUAUUGUACAG